UUUCCAUGUGAUGAAUAGUGAGGGACGAUUAAUGAAGUAGUUUUAUGAGGAGCAAGGCACCGCGAGCCGGGCACGUCCUCACGGGCAUCUGCAUGGGUCGGACCCUCGCCUCACACGGCCAACCGCUCCUCCAGAGUCAACCUAUAUUUCACAUUGCAUAAACAACUCUGCCAAGUGUGCGCGAUGGCAGAGGUCGGGGGAUUUCUCGGGGCCCUGGAUUUGGAUUUACAAAGCUUGCCUGCGCUGGGACCUCUCUCCGAGUCGCCCGCAGGUUUGAAUGAAAGAUUGGGACUGAUCGAGGGGAGAUUACAACGAGGGUCUCUCACGGAUUUUGAACAUCUUAAAGGGAUUCUGCGACGGCGACAGCUGUACUGUCGGACCGGCUUUCAACUGGAGAUAUUUCCCAACGGCACCGUCCACGGUACCAGACAGGAUCACAGUAGAUUCGGUAUUCUGGAGUUCAUCAGUUUGGCAGUGGGCCUGGUCAGUAUUCGGGGCGUGGACGCAGGCCUGUACUUAGGGAUGAAUGAGAGAGGCGACCUCUAUGGGUCGAAGAAGCUGACGAAGGAGUGCGUGUUCCGCGAGCAGUUCGAGGAGAACUGGUACAACACUUACGCCUCGACGCUCUACAAGCACGCCGACACGGGCCGCUUCUACUACGUGGCGCUCAACAAGGACGGCUCGCCGCGCGAGGGCGGCAGGACCAAGAAGCACCAGAAGCUCACGCACUUCCUGCCGCGGCCCGUGGAGAUCGACAAGAUCCCGCAGGCCUACCGGGACCUCUUCCACCAGCCCACGUGACCGAAAUUAGGGCCUGGGCCUUGGGCGCGGCCGCGGACCGGUGCGGAGACGGCGGACGGACGGAUGGACGGACGGACGGACCAGUGGAUUCCUUAAGAGUCCUCCCCUUCCCUCUCCUCUCUCCUCCCUCUCCCCCCCCCGGCUAGUGUUUAUGUGCUAAUAACCAAGGCUUCCGGCCCUUUCCGGUGCAGAGAUAAACAAGCUCCACGUGUGUGAGUGUGUAUGUGUGUGUGUGUGUGUUCCUGGUCACCGUCGCCUCCCUUCCUUGAUGCGACACAAACACUUCUUUUUUUUUCUUUUUUUCUCUUCUCGUCCUCCUUCCUCAUUUCCUCUUUGAUCACACAAGCAGGUGUGUGAGAGUGACUGAGCGAGAGAACGAGGGCGAACAGACCACACCACACCACCACUCACUCACCUGAAACUCAGAUCAGGUGUCAGACACAACGUGGAGAGGAAGAGAAGAGGAACUUUUAUGUCUGACGCGAAAAGAAAAAAAAAAACCUGAGGAAACCACUCUUUUGUUGACUAAAUGAACCACUCUGGAACUGUCUGUGGGGCUGAACCAUUUGAACAUGCCCAAGCACUUGGUCGCCGCACCUCCCCUGCGAUUGCUUGGAAGGAAGGAGGGACACAUCUCUGUGUCCUUCAGAAUCAGCGCCACUAGUACAUCAUGUAGCUAAGUAGCCAGCGAUGCUAUGUUAUUGCUGCCCUUUUAAUUGAUUUAGUACAGUGAACUUUACACAGCUCCAGCUAGGGCAAGGGUUAGAAAAAAUUGACGUUGUGUACACUGUGAAGUAUAUUGUAUUGCAGCCUUUGAUUUUUCAAAAAUGUCAAAACUCCACCUAAAACGACAGCUACAUUUUAGAUACUGAAUCUCUCAUUUAUUUACAAGUUAAUACCCAACUCAUCACAAAUGCAAUGAUGCAUAUUAAGAAUUUCACCAAAGGGCCUGUAUGAGGCCCUUGAACUCAGUCCCACUAUUCCCACAUUACUGGUGCUCAGGCAAUUUCUCAGACGACUAAAGCCAACCUCUUUGGGUCCUGAACCUGCUGGACUUCUGUCCAGGUGGUUCUCUGUGGACAGAACAAUGUACCACUAGGUCUAUUUACAUAAUGUGGGAGAAACUGUAGGCUAUGACUCAAGAUGUAAUAAUAUGGAAUUUGCAAUGACCUUAUGUUUAUGUAAAAGGAAAUAGCUCAACGUUUCAGGUACGGUUACAUGAGAAAACUGGCUUUCAAAUUCAGAGGGCUGGACCAAAUUUGAAGAAAUGAUAAAUAACUUGUCAGAAUGCUAUGCAGGUGUAGGAGAUGAGAGCAAGACCAGUAUCUUCAGUGUAAGACACAAGGAGAUGUCAACAAGCACUUACGCACACCCUCUCCUAAGAAGCUCUCUGGAAGCUAUAGAGGGUUCUGGAAGUCUCUCUCGGCCACAGUUUCACCUUGAGUUCAUCAAACUGAUGCCAGUUCAAACAUCAGCAACAUCUGGGGCUGGUGCAGUGUGUGGGUUUUCAAUUGUGUAACACUGAAAUGAAUCAAUCAUACUCGCCAACCAUUUACUCGUUAUUCUGAAGUGAGUUUAGACAGUUGCAGCUAAGAGUAGCAAAACAUUGUGCCUUCCGUAUCCAAGAUAGUGCUGCAUCAUCAUCGUCUAAACAGGAGAUACUAUUCCUCAUUCUGUGACAUCUCUGAAAGGGAAGAUUUUCGCAGUGCUUUUUUUGAAAGACAUCAACAAGAGACGGAAUCUGAAGAAUGUUCUUCCCGGUCCUUCCCAGUGCAAGCAUCUCUUUAAAGGGAAGGGAGGGUGGACGAAGGAUUGGGUAAGCCAAAGAGAGCCCACUGUGGCAUUCUGUUUGGACAGCCUGUGAGUUGUGGUGUUGAUAUCUCCAGCACAGAGGAACAGGGGGAGUGAAGCUGUGUGUUUGAGGCACACGUCGAUGUGUUUUCAUGGGCAUAGAUCGAUUGAUAGAUAGGACCUUUACUGGUGAGGAACUAAGAGUGACUUGUAAUGUUCAGCCUGUCAGGAACAUUAUUAAAAAAAAAAAAAAAAAAUUACAAGUGACAGAAGUGUAAAUAUGUAUGAACCUAUUUAUGAGAUGUACAAUAUAUUUAUUUUCUACAUAUAAAAUAUAAAUCUAUAUAUUUAUUUAUUGCAAAGACUUUAUUUUGUAAAGAACUUGAAGUUAUCAGAACUGUAGAUUCUACUGAAACUAUACAAUGAAAAAUGCUAUCAAAACAUUUGAAUUGAAAAGGA